AUGGAAAUCAAAACUAACCCGGGGUGUGCUGCGAAUUUGAAGACCUUAACAGAAGAACUUAUAACUAAUGCUACAGCACUACUGGAGGAAAUCCAAGAGAUGGUAGACCACUGCAGCUUUAUCCGCACUCUUCGAUCCCACAAAAAGGAGCAGAGUGUGUGUGCUGCCACCAUCCGAGAGGACGGAGAGACCUUGGUCAUAGAUGGUUUCAGAUUUGAGGAUGCAGCAAGCAGAGAAGACCUAGGGAGGCAGAACACAACCAGGGAAAACAACUCAUGA